UUGAAAUUAUUAAAACUUAUAUAUUAAAAGAGGAGAUAUUUUUUGAAUAUUUGAAGUGAAUCUUCAAAUUCCAAUUAAUUAAAUUCCAAUUCAAAUUACUCGAGUAAAUAUACAUGUCAAAAUAUGUGUUGAAAUAGAAAAAGAGACAACACGUCAGCUGUUCAUUGGCUAAAGGCAUUGAGGUUAAAGAAGUCAGUUUUCUCUAGAACGUCGGGCUGUAUCUAUCUCUCUGGCUGAAGUCCGGCAUUCUAAAUUUACUAGCAUUCUAGUAUUGGGAACUCCGACUAUCAAUUCUUCGUAUUUCGUAGGUGUGGAACUUCCGAGCACACAGCAUCCAAGGCCGCACUCUCACUGUUGCUCCUCCUGGGCUCUGUUCUGACUAUGGCCAAGUCCGUUAACAAUGGAGCACAAUGGAAAGUUUUCCUUAGUGCUUUUCGGACACCUGGCGAAGUCGGAGGCUGGUGGAAAUCUCGUGUUCUCGCCGUCGUCUAUCAGGACAGGCCUGGCUUUGGCCUACCUAGGCUCCGAGGGCACGACUGCAGAGGAGCUGAAGCAAGGCCUCGCAUUGGAGGGAGCCGACAAGAAUGAGGUUGGCCAACGAUUCGCUCAGCUCUUGGCCAAAGGACAAACGAAAACUAAGGAGGAUGAGGAUGGCGUGCAGUUCAACUAUGCCAACCGUCUCUACGUAGCUGAGCGCUUCAGGCUGGCCCAGGCCUAUCAACAAUUGGCCGCUGAAGGCUUCGACGCAGCUGCCGAGAAAGUAAACUUCGCUCAAGGCUCGAAGGUGGCCCAGAAAAUAAAUUCCUGGGUAGAAGGGCAGACCCAUAAUCAAAUUAAGGACCUUAUUAGCGCCGACUCCCUCGACGCUGAGACGGUCGCCAUCCUGAUCAAUGCGAUCUACUUCAAAGCCGACUGGGUGCACAGUUUCGCCGAUUACAAAACGGACCUGAAAGACUUUGUCCGCCAUAAUGGAGCCAGGGUUAAGGUGAACACCAUGUAUCAGUCCGACUUUUUCAGGUACGGCGAGCUGUCCUCUCUGAAAGCAAAGGCAUUGGAAAUGCCCUACAAAGGCACGGACAUUGUGUUCCUGAUCAUUCUGCCUCUGGAGGAGCAGGGACUGCCCGAACUUGAGCAAAAGCUUAGUGGACAUGGCCUGAACGUGAUUAGUUCGCAGUUGACCAGACAGAUGGUGGAGAUACAGCUACCCAAAUUCAAGUUCGAGUUCGAUGUGUCCCUGAAGCCUGCGCUGAAGGAGAUGGGUAUCGAAGCCCCGUUCGGUCCUCAAGCUAACUUCAGCAGCCUGCUCCAGACCCCGGACCCCCUGAAGAUCACCGAGGUGAAGCACAAGGCUCUCAUCGAGGUAGACGAGAACGGAACCACUGCCAGUGCCGCCACAGCAGUCAAGUUCUCACUAGAAUCUGCGUUCAUGGGGGAAGUACAGCAGUUCACCGCAGACCACCCCUUUUUCUUUGCCAUCAAGGACGCGCAGAGCACCUACUUCUUGGGCCACGUUAACCAGCCCUAAGCUAAAGUUUCGUUGCGGUAAGUGUUUCCAAUAAAUUGAGUGAAACUUAUGAAGUUCCUGCGGUCAAUAAAUGCCAUCUGAUGUCAAGUGCAAAAGACA